GACAGAGAAUAUGAGAGAGCUGAAAUAAAGAUUGAUUUUGCUUGAAAUUCUGAUGGGGGGGUUGGGGUUCCCUGCUUGCUAUUUUUUUCCCUUCUUUUCUUUUCUUUUUUUUCUUUUUUUUCUUAGAUUUAUACCUAAUACUGUAUGUGCUGAUGUUAUUUGAGGUUUGAUGUAAAUCAGUGUAAUAUUUCUGCCAUACCUGGAGUGGAUCAUCACUACAUGUAACAAGAUAUGCCCUUGAUCUGAGGAUGGAUUGGCUAUGGGUGAAAGUAAACGUGACCCAUAUGUCAGAGUUUUAGGAUGGCCAGUGAAGGCUCCAGCAUCCCCAGUCCUGUGGUGCGUCAGAUUGACAAGCAGUUCCUGAUUUGCAGUAUAUGCCUGGAUCGCUACAAGAACCCUAAAGUACUCCCCUGUCUACACACCUUCUGUGAGAGGUGCUUACAAAACUACAUUCCUGUCCAUAGUCUGACCUUGUCGUGCCCAGUGUGCCGCCAGACGUCCAUCCUGCCAGAGAAGGGGGUUUCCGCUCUGCAGAACAACUUCUUCAUCACCAACCUGAUGGACGUGUUGCAGAGAUCUCCGGACAGCAGCAGCGAGGACUCCACCACCUUGGAGACUGUAACCGCUGUGGCCACCGGCAAGCCACUCUCCUGCCCCAACCAUGGAGGGAAUGUGAUGGAAUUUUACUGCCCCUCGUGCGAGACAGCGAUGUGCCAGGAAUGCACAGCGGGCGAGCAUGCCGAGCAUCCCACUGUCCCUCUCAAAGAUGUCGUCGAGCAGCACAAGGCUUCUUUACAGGAUCAGCUGGACGCUGUCAAGAACAGGCUGCCUGAAAUAGACUCGGCACUUAAGUUCCUGUACGAAAUCCUGCAGCAGCUCACCAGUCAGAAGUCCAGCAUUGAGGAAGACAUUCACUCCACCUUUGACGAGCUCCAAAAGACCUUGAAUGUGCGGAAGAGUGUGCUGCUUAUGGAACUGGAAGUGACAUUCGGCCUCAAACAAAAAGUUCUCCAGACACAGCUGGACACCCUUCUCCGGGGUCAGGAGGGUAUCAAGAGCAGCUGUAACUUCACGGAGCAGGCUCUGCACCACGGCACCGAGGCAGAGGUGCUGCUGGUCAAGAAGCAGAUGAGUGAGAGGCUGAGUGAGCUGGCCAGCCAGGAGUACCCUCUGCAGCCUGAGGAGAAUGAUCAGCUGGACUUCCUCAUUGAGACUGAUGGCCUCAAGAAGUCCAUCCACAACCUGGGCACCAUCAUCACCACCAACGCCGUGGCCUAUGAGACGGUGGCCACGGGCGAGGGGCUGCGGCAGUGUGUGGUGGACCAUCCCACCUCUGUCACCAUCACCACCAAGGACAAGGAUGGGGAGCUAUGCAAGACCGGAAACGCCAGCCUCACCGCAGAGAUCUUCACUCCCGACGGGAGCAUGGCGGAUGGGGAGAUCUUGGACAAUAAAAAUGGCACUUACGAGUUCCUGUACACAAUACAGAAGGAUGGAGAUUUCACGCUCUCGCUAAGACUCUACGACCAGCACAUUAAAGGCAGCCCCUUCAAACUAAAGGUGACCAAGUCCACCGACGUGUCGCCAACCACAGACGGGGUUAAGAAGCGAGUCAAGUCCCCUGGUAGUGGACACGUGAAGCAGAAGGCUGUGAAAAGGCCAGCUAGCAUGUUCAGCACGGGGAAGCGGAAAGAGAACCCCAUUGAGGACGAUUUGAUUUUCAGAGUUGGUACCAAGGGAAGAAACAAAGGGGAAUUCACAAACCUUCAAGGUGUGGCAGCCUCUUCCCUUGGAAAGAUUUUGAUUGCAGACAGUAACAAUCAAUGUGUACAGAUAUUUUCAAACGAUGGGCAGUUUAAAAGCCGGUUUGGUGUCCGUGGCAGGUCUCCAGGACAGCUGCAGCGCCCUACAGGGGUGGCUCUCCACCCCAACGGAGACAUCAUCAUCGCAGAUUAUGACAACAAAUGGGUCAGCAUUUUCUCAUCCGAUGGGAAAUUCAAGACUAAAAUCGGUUCAGGAAAACUGAUGGGGCCCAAAGGUGUGUCGGUGGAUCGGAACGGUCACAUCAUUGUGGUGGACAACAAGGCCUGCUGUGUGUUCAUCUUCCAGCCCAAUGGGAAGCUGGUGACAAAAUUUGGUAACCGUGGAAACGGGGACAAGCAGUUUGCAGGUACACUUGAUGGUCCUCACUUUGCUGCAGUGAACAACAAUAAUGAAAUCAUUGUUACUGAUUUCCAUAACCAUUCUGUUAAGGUUUUCAAUCAGGAGGGAGAAUUCAUAUUGAAAUUCGGGUCCAACGGGGAAGGCAAUGGGCAGUUUAAUGCCCCAACAGGAGUGGCUGUGGAUACCAAUGGCAAUAUUAUUGUGGCAGACUGGGGUAACAGUCGAAUACAGCAGGUGUUUGACGGCAGUGGAUCGUUCCUCUCCUACAUUAAUACAUCAGCUGAUCCACUGUAUGGUCCACAAGGUCUGGCCCUCACCUCCGAUGGCCAUGUUGUCGUAGCAGAUUCCGGGAACCACUGCUUUAAAGUGUAUCGUUACUUACAAUGACAGCGGCCUGCGAACCCUCCCCUGCCUCUAUUUAUCACCAGGCCAUCUGGAUGCAUCUGCACUUACCAAACUAGUCUGCCAUCCACUGGGGUUGGAAGGGAGUCACUUGCAGCUGUUCUUUGUUGUGGCUUCUCCUUUGCUUCUCUCCAUUAAAGUCAUGAGAACCAGAGAAUUCCUUUGCCUAAUAUUUUCAGUGUCCAUCCACGUACAGCCUGCUUUGAGCAUCAAGUGCUUUAGUGAAACAUGAGGACACUGUGUCAGGUUUAAAAUAAAGACAUAAAUAAAUCUUGAACUUGUAUAUUAAUACUAUGUUGUAGUCUACCACUACUACUGCUAACUACUUGUAUAGUUUAAGAGCAUAAUCUAUUGCAGUAGCUUUCUGAAUGCCUGAUGUUAUGCUGUUGUAAUCGUUUGAUUAACACUCAUUGACAUAGCUGCAGAACUGAAAAUGACAUCAAUAAAACGACAUACUAUAAGGUAAUGCAGGUGGGUGGUAAGUUCAUCUGUAGAUGUUAUUACUAAUUGGGAAACUGAGGAAGUGUGUAGCUUCUUACUUAAGAGAGGGAAAUAAACCAGGCAAUAUGGUAUCUUGGGAUGCCUCUGUACUCAAAGAAUAGCUCUAUGAAAAAAGGGUCGUACUUCGAGCAUUUCAAAUUGUUAUUUAUGUAUACAAAGCGUGGCAGUUAAGCACAGUUUAUGUUCAUGUCCAUGAUUUACAUACAUGCUUUAACAUUUAACUUGGCCUUCAGUUUCAGUCAAGCAAGAAUGGCUAUUAUUACAUCAUUGUAAUCUUCUGCAAUUAACAUGAAGCAAUCCAGAAAGUGAUUGGGGAACCUGAUGUGACUUACCAACAUUUAAUUUGAUAUAUUUAUUUGAUUUCUGUUUUUAUCACAAAUGGUGGUGGUUGUGUAACAAAAUCAAAACAAAAAUAAUCCCACCUGAUCCCAAGAGAUAAUGUAUGGGUAUUUAUAAUAGCAUUAUUGUAAAUAUAUUAUUAAUUUUUUGUUAAUGGUAAUUAAUUAAAUAUUGCUGCAAACUUUCUGUGACUUUAACAAUAUCAUAUUUUUUUCAAAGGCUUCUUGUGUCUCCAAACAAGUGUUUUGCGUGCGUGUAUCUAUGUGGGAAUAUACUGUGUUGCAUAUUUUACAAUUUUGUCUUCAUUUAUAAAUAUGACACUGAUACUAAUUGAUAACCCAUUCAGUGUGCUCUCCAGUUAGAUUGUGUUGAAAUUUUAUCAAUAAGCAAUAAUGGCUUUCAUUUUCAAUUACUAAGUGGACACUACUUAUCAGAUGAAGAGUAAUAUAACUUUUACUCUUUGUGCAUCGGAUUAAAAGUAUGGGAGUAAUUAAGGAGUUGCUGCUAUACCUCCUUUUGCAAAGAUUACUGCAAGGGUAAUUCACAGUAUCGAUCUAUACAAUUGGGUCUAUUUAGAUGCAGAUACAGUCAAUGCUAUAAUGUGAAUGUCUUUUGUUGUUUAUAUUUAUUUGUCUUUUUUUUUGUGUUGCCAAAUUGGAAAACAAAGUGCCCACAGGAAGCUAUGUUUAAAAGAAAGUAUUUUUGUUAAAAAAAUAAAAUAAAAUAAAAUGCUACUGUACUUUGGGAUGACAUUUGUGCUGUAAAUUUUGGAAAUGUAAACCCAAGAGGUUUUGUACAUGGGAUUUAAAAAAGGAAUGAAGCAGUGAUUGUGUUGCUCAUGAUGAUGAAUGUCUAGCACUAAGUAAUGUGUGUAAGCAUCACAGACUUUAAAAAGUAUGCUUUUGUAUCCUCCUUUUCACCACCCGAAUGCUCUAUUACCAACACAGCUACAUAACCCUGCAGUAACGAUCACCUUUCACAAUAUCCAGUAUAGUGCCCAUUUUAAAUGCUUGCAUUGGAUGCACAAAAUGUUUGUAUUUUUAUUUAUUUUCAAACAUUCCAUUGUUGCAAUUGAGUUAAAACCUGUUUCUGUACAGCACCGAAAUAAAGUAUCACAUUCAUUGAA